CUUGUUGUAGGUCGUGAGCUGGAGCAGUUUGCGUCCGUUUAUGAUGUAUAUUGUGCGUUUGAAUGUUUAAAGUUUAAAUUAGUGGGCUUGUCUAAUGCGGACAGAUUUCUAAUGAACAACAGCAGCAACAAACAUAAUGGCUCUCAGUCAGCUGGAUCUUCACAUACAACACCAACUACUAAUGGCACUAGAAAUGUUACAAAUAAUAAAAAACCAGAUACAUGUAGAGAUUACAUGUGGGGAAAAUGUACUAAAGGUAGUUCCUGUAGAUUUAGACAUGAAUUAGACAUUGAGAAAUUAAAAAAAACUGUCAAGUUCUGUCAUGACUAUCAAAACAGAGCGCCAUGUACCAGGGAAGUUUGUACAUUUAUCCAUGCAACAAAGGAUGAAGAGACAUUAUUUUUAACUACAGGUAAACUGCCUAAGGUUCUAGCAGAGAGACACGCUAAUAUGUCUAUGUCUUCAGCUGAAACAAUACCACAGAUAGCUAAUUAUAUACAAGAGUCUUUAGCUGGACCACCGCCACCACCACCACCUCCACAACCAGCACCACAGUCAUCUUCUGUCAAUGGACCCCAACUUACGUAUAAUAUGGGACAUAUGGCUCCACCAAUGCAGCCAGGUAUGGGUAUGGGCUCUAUGCACAUGGGACCGAUAAAUAUGGGGCCAAUACCACCACAAAUGAUGUCAAUGCCAGUUGCUCCACCACCUCCAGCAAUUCAAAUGCAUCAUUUACCUCCUCCUCCACCUCCACCUCCAACUCAGAGCUCUACAAGCUCUUCACUGUCAACACCUCCAGUGUAUACAGCACCUCCACCACCAACUAUGAGGGUUUCACUUAAUCAAGAGCUACCACAACCUCCAACUCCUAAACUCAAUAUGGACAGGUUUGAUCCUAGUAAGCCACCUCCACCAUUCAUACCAAAUACAAGUUUAAAGCGUCCUACCGUUAGUGAUAAUAUGAAAGCCGGUCCCAGCAAAAUCAGAAAGGAAGAGGAAGCCAUAGUCGAUGACGCGGCGUGCGAUUCGUGUCGAGAGCGACAAAUAAGAAUCGACGUUUAUCAAAAAGAAUCAGAUAAGUUGUUUGCUCGUGUUGAAUAUCAAAAAUUAAUGCACAAAAAGAAAUAUGAGGAAUUCCAACGUAAAGAGGAGAUUUUAAAAAUAUUAUUAAACCCUGAAAUAUAUAAAAUUAUUGAGGAUUUAUUAUUGAAUGAGGAUGGCUCGCAAGUACAAGAAUCUGAUAAUCAGAACGCUAUUGGCGAUUUAACACCUCCAAGAACCGUAGAAUCUCUAAGUACAUUGAUGACUAGGCCUAAUGUAAAUAAUUCAAUUCAAAAUUCUUUAUUAUUUGCGGAACAUUUACGUGACGGUAACAAAAAAAGGGAUGACCAACCUGAAUAUAACCGUAAUAACACAUACUAUGAAGGAUCACAAGCAUCAUAUAGCCAAAGCGUAUCGGUUCCUACAACAAGCAAAACUCAAAGUUCGAAUCUUAGUAAAAAUGUUUCGACGACAGCUUCGCCUUCCUACUUCUAUUAUAAUAUGCCGCCGCCUAUAACAAGAUCGUUCAUGACGCCAUCGACUUCUAUGGCUCCAGCUGCAGGUACAUCACUGAUGGCAUACCAGCAUAAUGGAAUGCAGGGACCUUCACAGGCUAUGACAAAGCCAUCAACAUCUGCUCCUCCUCCACCAUCCAAGCCAAACAAUCAAACAAAUCAAAAAUCGGAUCCAUAUUCUCCGCCGACGUCUUAUUAUAAUUCUUAUCAAUAGCAUUGGGAUAAUGUUGCUUGCAUGGUGGGCGGGAGCUAGCGUUGAUGACAGGUGUAAAUAUGUAUGUAAACGGUAAUUUAAGAUUAAGUUGACGAAGAAGAAGAUAACUGAAUUUGACAUAUGUUUCAAUGUGAUACAAUCUGAUUUCUUAAAAGACUAUGACUUUGUUGACGUGUGCAGUACGGAUAUUAUCGACAUAAACACUUUUUACUCUAUCAAAAUCCAUACUGUAUUAAAAUGAUAAUAUAUUAUAGUUUUUAAUAGUAUUUGAUUAUUAUCAGGAUAUGUGUUUAUAAUGUGACAUUUAGACAAAUAAAUUAUCUUUAUAUUAUGAUAUUUUAUGAAUUACAAUUUUAGUCUUUCAAUGAACUUGUAUUUAAAUUAUUCAAUUUAUUUUUAACAAUAUUAAAUAUCGAAUAAUUAAUAAUAAUUCAAUUGACCAUCGUGCUGUUACUGUCCCGAUUCAAUAUUAUUUUUAACAGUUCACAAUAUUGUUUUUGUAUCGCUAUAUAGCGCCUACUUUGCAAUAAUUAUUAUAAAAACAAGAGCUAACACAGGAAUAUCUCCUCAAGUGCCUUGUAACUUAGCGAAUGUGGUGUAGGCAAAAGCAAUGCGUUUUCAUUAUUCUUCCAUAAAAUAGGUUAGAAUUAAGAUAUUUGAUUAUAAGGAAUUUAAUCACAAUUAAAAUUUGCUUAUGAAUUUGUGAUUUAAUAUAAUUAAGAUCGCCUUAACACAGCCGCAUUCCAUAGAGCCGACAUUCAAAUAUUCAUUAAACCCACAGGCCCUAGGUACUCUUAAACUAAUUAAUAUGAAUUUAUAAUACUCGGUGCCUCCUUUAAUGAGCAAUUGAUACAUAUUUGCUGAUUGCAAGAUCAGACUAAAAAAUAAUUUCGGAAUUUUAACAAAAGUAUUAAGUUUAAAUGUUUACUGUUUACCGGCUUUGUUAUUGGUGAAUAUGGGAAUGCGGAAUCUAGCCACAAAAUUAAAUUUUAAUCGUUACUAUAAAAUAAGACCUAGUCACAUCGUUUUAGUAUUGUAGUGUCACUUUAUAUUUAAAACUUCAUUGUCAAUGGGCUAAUUUAAUUUAUAAUUAGUUAUACUGUUUUAUCAAAUCAAUAUAAAAAUAUUCAAAAUGUGUUUUUGAUUGUUGAAGAUCUUUUGAAUUGUGUCUUGGUAAAUAUGCAAUGUCAGGUAUUUUAAUAAAUUCUAAUUUCAUCGUUAUUGUUAACUUUGUGUAAAUAUAAUAUUACGACUAAGUAUACGUAAUGUAAAUAAAAGGUAAAUGUAAUUUUAUAUGACUUGAGAAAUUGGUAGGCAUUACCGGGUAUAAAUAGUUGCAGAACAAAAUAGUUUGCGGUUUUCCUUUAAAUUCCAUUGCUUCCUUUUAAAACAGAAAUAGUUAUCAAAGUAAUUUAACGAAGAAGAAAUUCUUUGUUACUUACUUAAUUUACAAUUUACACCCGGUAUUUGAGAAACUCGCAUGUUAAUAAAAUAUUUUGUUUUGA